CCUCGUCUCGGUCGUCUCUCUCUCUCUUUCCUCUCGUCUUUCUCGGCGGCGGCGGAGGCGGAGGCGGCGGCGGCGGAGAUGGCUCACCGGCUGCUGCGAGACGCGCAGGCGGACGGGUGGGAGCGGUCCGACUUCCCCAUCAUCUGCGAGUCCUGCCUCGGCGACAACCCCUACGUCCGCAUGUUGAGAGCAGAAUAUGAUAAAGAGUGCAAAAUAUGUGCACGUCCGUUUACUGUCUUCCGUUGGCGACCUGGCCGGGAUGCAAGAUACAAGAAGACAGAGAUCUGCCAGACAUGUUGCAAACUGAAAAAUGUCUGCCAGGUCUGCCUGCUAGAUCUUGAAUAUGGUCUACCGGUCCAGGUUAGGGAUACAGCACUCGCUAUUAAUUCAAAUGAUGCAAUCCCAAGGAGUGAUGUGAACCGUGAGUACUUUGCAGAAGAGCAUGAUCGCAAGGCCAGGGCUGGAAUAGAUUAUGAUUCUUCCCAUGGGAAGGCACGUCCCAAUGACACCAUUCUGAAGCUUCAGAGGACGGCACCAUAUUACAAGAGGAAUCGAGCUCAUGUCUGCAGUUUCUAUGUGCGUGGUGAAUGUACAAGAGGUGCUGAAUGCCCUUAUCGACAUGAGAUGCCUGAAACUGGAGAGUUAUCUCAGCAGAACAUUAAAGAUCGUUACUAUGGAGUUAAUGAUCCAGUUGCUUUGAAACUUUUGGGUAAGGCCGGUGAGAUGCCAUCCCUGACACCUCCAGACGAUGAGAGUAUAAGGACACUUUACAUUGGUGGCCUUAAUAAUCGAAUCACCGAGCAGGAUUUGAGGGAUCAAUUUUACGCACAUGGUGAAAUUGAGUCCAUAAGGAUGGUUCUGCAACGUGCCUGUGCAUUUGUGACGUACACUACAAGAGAAGGUGCUGAGAAAGCUGCAGAGGAGCUUGCCAACAAGUUAGUCAUCAAGGGUAUACGCCUGAAGCUCAUGUGGGGUAAGCCUCAAGCACCAAAGCCAGAAGACGAUGAAGCUGGAAGGCAAGGGCAUGUUGCACAUGGAGGAAUGCUCCCCAGGGCUGUUAUAUCUCAGCAGCAGAGUGGUGACCAGCCUCAACCACCUGGAAUGGAGGGACAACAGCAAGCACCAUCGGGAUCAUACUACUUCAACAUUCCAGCACCGCCAGGAGCAGAGCGGACACUGUACCCUUCAAUGGAUCCCCAGAGGAUGGGUGCCUUGGUCAAGUCACAGGAGGGUGAUGGCAAACCCGGUCCACAGCAGGCAGCCCAAGCUCAGGCAUCAAGCAGCUCAGGACAGAGUUACCCUAUGCCACCACAAUAUUACCAUGGUCAGUACCCACCCUACUACCCACCGUAUGGCGGUUACAUGCCCCCACCUCGCAUGCCAUACCCACCGCCACCGCAGUAUCCGCCUUAUCAGCCGAUGUUGGCAACACCAGCACAGUCGCAAGCUAGCUCAUCACAACAACCUGCACCAGCAACGCUGCACCAGGCUCAAGUCCCUCCUCCGCAGCAGACGACCCAGAACUGAAGGCCUUAAUCUUACUAGACGAGUGAUAAACAGUUAGCUGGAAACAAAUGAUGGUUUUAAACUUUUAAUGGACGCUGCGAACAAAACGUGAAGAUGAAUGAAGUUGCUUUCAGCUUCAGGCUUUCAGCAACUUGGGCUGGUAUGGAUGUUCUCCCUGUAUCUGAUGUGCCAUUGAGGCAGCAGCAGGCUUUUGAUGCGGCGAUAUGUGCGGCCGCAAAGCAAGCUGCAGAGCCGAACGCUUGGAGCCUGUGGUCAUUGUUGCUUGAUAAGGUGUAUCAACACUGUUGUUAUUAUACAAUUUCAAAUCUGUGCAUUUUCUAUAUUGCUAUAGAUAUUGCUACUGUUGUAUUCCUAGAAUCUGUUCUUUGGAGGACUGUAACCCUCGUUUAUUACCAGCUUUCUUUUGUAUGUUGUAAUGUGUGACUCGCAGUACUUAGUACUCCUAAAUGUUUAUCUGAUUCAUCUUAGCUGAGAAAAA